GUGAAAUGUUUACAAGCCUUUUCAUACAUCCGUCCGUCAAUCAAUUCCAAAAUGAUGUCUUUGUUGAAUCAGCACUAGCAUUACAAUUGAGCUCUGGAGAUAACAUUAUCAUAUAUUUAUCUUGUGAACAAGGAACUCCAGUGCCAGUGUCCUGUGUGUUUGAGUAGAAUAUUAACCGGGUUAUUAGUUGUCAUGACAAAUUAUUACCUUGAACAUUAUGUCAUAGAGUUUUAUUCAUGGGAUAUGCACCAUAUAAAUUGGGAGGUCACCGUAAAACCACUGACAAUAGCACUACCUCCCAGGGAUUACGUUACAUUGAAUUUUCAUCGGCCAACACUGAACCAGUUGAGGAGCUGAUUACCAACUUGUAUUUUGAAGAUGUGCUCAGGAAAAUGUGCAAAGUGCUUGGGUAUUACCCUAAUCCCUCUCGCUAUUCUGUCUGUUUUGGCAAACAUUUUGCUUUUUUUCCCAGCUGGAAAAGUUGCAGAGAAGAAUGAUCAUAUCACAACAGAAGUCUUUUAUCUUGGUGGACUCUUGGGUUCUGGUGUUCUGAUGAUUUUUCCAGCUCUAGUGUUUCUGGGAAUGAAGAAUAAUGACUGCUGUGGAUGCUGUGGCAAUGAAAGCUGUGGGAAGAGAUUUGCUAUGUUUUCUUCCAUCCUUUUUGCUGCUGUUGGAUUUGUUGGAGCUGGAUACAAUUUUAUUAUUUCUGCAGUUGCUAUAAAUAAGGGGCCAAUAUGUUUUACAGGAAACACAAAUGAAAUUGAUGGUUGGGAGUAUGCUUUUAGUAAUGGAGAUUAUUUAAAAAACCAUACAUUAUGGAAGGAAUGCAAAAUAUACAGCUUCAAUGAAAAGGAAUUUAACACUGAAGUUAUUAUCACCUGGAAUUUGACCCUCUUCUCCAUUCUCCUGAUAUUGGGCUUAGUGCAAGCUGUUCUCUGUGCAAUUCAAGCCAUCAAUGGUCUCAUUGGGACAAUCUGUGGGGACUGCAAGUGCUGUGGAUGCUGUGACAGUAAUGAUGGACCUGUUUAACUCCAGAUGAGGUUUUUUUUUUAUAGUCCAAGUACCGUCCAAAAUAAAGACUACCCACAAAGAGGAAGAUAAAUGAAGAGUUCGGAUUACUUUGACCAUAUCUUCUUUUGUAAAAAAAAAAAAAAAAAAAGUAAAAAACUAUUAAAGCACAGUUGUAUAAUCAAUUGUGUCAAAUAUACAGAAGAAUAUAGUAAGAGAUGUUAUAUGACACUUGUCUAUUUCUUUAAAUCAUGUGUAAAAGGGGUUGUCUUACAUGUUGGGUGUUCAGCCAGCAUGGAGAUUAGCUGCUUCCAAUCCAAGUCCACUUUUCUUUUACUCUCCAUUAACAAUGAGCCAAGAGCUAUAGAAGGUGCAUGGGAACCUAUGGCGUGUCACCACAUAGCACAGCAAAUGUAUAGGUACCAUACAAUACAUUUUGUCGAAUGGAUUUAUUUGGUCUGUAUCUACUUUAUGGUACAAUGUAAAAACUAAAUUUUUCCUUCAUCUGUAGAUAUGUAACUGUUCAUAGUUGUCAAAAUUUUGGUAUCAACCAAAAGAACAGUAUGACCAACAAUGUCAUGUAUAGCCAGCUGAACAAUGACACUUUCCAUUGACAAUAGUUUUAUAUGCGAGGCCUUGGCUUAGAUGGUGUGAAUAAUAGCUUGCUUUAUAAAAACAAUAUUUACUAAUUAUAUUAAUCACCUCUACUGGUGCCUUUUGGUGUUGACAAAUAAUGUGACUAUUAAUUUAAAGGGGUAUUCCAGGCAAAACCUUUUUUUAUA